AUGUCUCAAUCUCUCAAGAUUGCUAUCCUGCAAAACGAUCACAGGUCCGAAGGUUACUGGAACGACAUCAGAGAAGCGUUCUGCGAUGUUAUAGGUACUGCCGCCCCAGACUCGCAGAUCAACUUCUUUGAUCCUAUCGAGCUUCAAGUCUACCCGGAAUUGUCGGACAAUUAUGACCUGAUUAUUUUGAGCGGUGGUAACGCUGAACACGAUGGCAACGUUCCAUGGGUCUUAAAGAUGCAGGCUUUUAUAAGAACUGUUGCGCAAAAUCAUCCGCGUCAAAAAUUGGUUGGCAUCUGCUGGGGACAUCAGGCCAUCCACAAGUCAUUAGGUGGGACGGUUGGCUAUAGGAAAGAAGGGGCAGAGGUACAAACGCACAUCAAACUAACUCCGGAAGGGAGUAAAUUCUUUCAGUUUGCAGAAGCUAGGGGAGCCUUAGUUGUGAAUGUUAUGCAUCUGGAGUAUGUCUAUGAGCCGGGGUCGAACUUUAUUCCACUAGCUGAGGAUCACCAGUCCUUUAUCUCAACGAACAAUAGUAUUCUCACAUUCCAGGCACAUCCGGAAAUAGGGGCAGAAUUUGCAGAACGGAUCAUCAGAAAGGACUUUAAGAGACGCCUUAGUCAGUCAGACUUUGAACAUGCGCUCGAGGAACUAGACUGCCCAUUGGAUAAUGAGAAAAUCUGGAAACGAAUUCUGCAAUGGGCUAGGAAUUAG